AUGAACCGCCAGUUUAGCUCUCGGUCUGCGUUCAGCUCAAGCAGCAGGCGGGUUUGCAGUGCUGGCUCUUCUGCUGGCUCUGGGGCUGGGGGCCGUGCCCUGGGCUCUGUGUGUUUCGCCCGAAGAUGCUGUGGCAGUGGUGGACAUGAGGGCUAUGGGAGGGGGGUUAGCUCUAGAAGCCUCUACAACCUGGGCGGCAGCAAAAGCAUAUUCUUAAACCUGGUGGUGGGAAGUGCCAGUGGUUUCCACCAGGCUGGUGGAAUAGGGGGAGGAUGCGGAGGAGGCAGAAGCUUUGGGGGUGGUGGCUUUGGGGGUGGCGGCUCUGGGGGUAGCGGCUAUGGAGGAGGUGUUUUUGGUAGUGCUGGGUUUGGGGGCAGCGGUUUUGGCCUUGGGGGCUUUGGUCCUUCUUGUCCCCCGGGGGGCAUCCAAGAGGUGACCAUCAACCAGAGCCUCCUACAGCCGCUACACCUGGAGGUGGACCCUGAAAUUCAGAGGGUCAAGACCAAGGAGUGGGAGCAAGUCAUGGCUCUAAACAACAAGUUCGCCUCCUUCAUUGACAAGGUGAGGCUUCUGGAGCAGCAGAACCAGGUGCUGAAAAUGAAAUGGGAGCUGCUGCAGCAGGUGAACGUGUCUUCUGGGAAGCACAGCAACUUGGAGCCCAUCUUUGAGUCCUACAUCAGUAACCUGAGCAGAGAGGUGGACCGGCUCAAGGCGGAGCAGAUGCGCCAGCACUCGGAGGUCAGGAGCAUGCAGGACAGCGUGGAGGACUACAAGAACAAGUACGAGGAGGAAAUCAACCGGAGGACCAAUGCGGAGAACGACUUUGUCGUCCUGAAGAAGGGUAUGGACUCUGCUUAUUCGGGCCAAGUGGACCUGCAGCCUAAGGUGGACAUUCUCUUCGGGGAGAUCAAGUUCCUGAAGUACUUAUAUAAGACGGAGCUGUCCCAGGUGCAGACGCACAUCAGUGACACCAACAUCAUCCUGUCCAUGGACAACAACCGCUUCCUGGACCUCGACAGCAUCAUCGAUGCCGUGCAGACCCAGUAUGAGCUGAUCUCCCAGAGGAGCAAGGAUGAGGCUGAGAUGCUGUACCAGACCAAGUACCAGGAGCUCCAGAUCACAGCGGGCAGGCAUGGGGAUGACCUCAAGAGCAUCAAGACGGAUAUCUCCGAGCUCCACCAAGUCAUCCAGAGGCUGCGGGCGGAGAUCGACAGUGUGAAGAAGCAGAUCCAGCAGAUACAAAGGGCCAUCUCCGGUGCUGAGGAGAGAGGGGAGCGGGCCCUGCAGGAUGCGAGGCAGAAGCUGCAGGACAUGGAGGAGGCCCUGCAGCAGGUCAAGGAGAACCUGGCCCGCCUGCUGCGCGACUACCAGAUGUCGGGAGACCUGCAGAGUCAAGUGAGCAUCUCGGUGCAGAGGAGCCAGGUGUCUGCCGGCGGCGGCGGCGGCGGCGGGGGCAGCGGUCCUGGCGGCUAUGGUGGCGGCGGGGGCAGUGGCAGUGGCAGUGGCGGCGGUGGCUCCCAAGGGGGCUCCCGAGGGACCAGCAGCGGCACGAGCUACAGCUACGGAGCAAGCAGCGAAAGCAGCCACCAGUACGGACGGUGGAGCGGCAGUGGCGGCGGCUCCUCCCGCGUGCAGAUCAUCCAAACCUCCACCAACUCCACCCACAGGCACGUCGUGGAGUAG